AUGACUUCCGAAGCAGGUGUAGACCUGCUUUCGACCUCUCAGGCCCAUGUUCCCAACUACAAGUGUGGAAGACAAAAUCAAAUGCUGGCCAUUCUUGAAUCCUCUGACUCUGACAAUUCCAUUCAGCUUUCCAACAUGAUGGGCAUCUACAAAAUCCCGCAGCCCCUGCCCCAGUCCAAGUGUGUGGAAAGCUGCCACCCGGGAUUCUUCAAGGUGGCUCGGGAAGGAGAGCCCGUUUGCUGCUAUGACUGUGUGCCUUGUGCAGAAGGGACCAUCUCCACUUGGGAAGAUGCAGAACAUUGUCUACAGUGCCCAGAAGAUCAGCAUCCAAACAAGGCCCAGGAUAAGUGCAUCCACAAGGUCAUCUCUUUCCUGUCCCAUGGAGAAAGCUUGGGGACCUUCCUCACUUGUGUGGCUCUACUCCUUUCUGUAACCACAGGGAGCACAUUAGGAAUCUUCAUAAAGUUCCGAGAAACUCCAGUAGUGAAGGCCAACAACCGAGACCUCUCCUACAUUCUCCUCAUCUCCCUCCUGUUUUGCUUUGCAUCAUCUUUCCUGUUCAUUGGCCAGCCAAGAAACAUCACCUGCCUCCUCCGACAAACAGCCUUCAGCAUCAUCUUCUCAGUGGCUGUCUCUUCUCUUUUGGCUAAGACCAUCACUGUGGUAUUGGCCUUCCUGGCCACAAAGCCAGGGAAUGUGGCAAGGAGGUGGCUGGGGAAGAGUUUGGCCAAUGCCAUUGUCAUCUCGUGUUCCAGUGUCCAGGUUCUCCUCUCCACCAUCUGGCUGGGAACCAGUCACCCAUUUGCUGACUCUGACAAGCAAUCCCAGGCUGGGCAGAUCAUCCUACAGUGCAAUGAAGGCUCUGUGGCCAUGUUCUAUGCUGCCCUUGGCUACAUGGGCUUCUUGGCUGUUGUUUGCUUCACAGUGGCCUUCCUGGCCAGGAAACUGCCUGGGGCCUUCAACGAGGCCAAGCUGAUCACCUUCAGUAUGCUGGUCUUCUGCAGUGUCUGGGUGUCCUUCGUGCCCACUUACCUGAGCACCAGGGGCAAGUACAUGGUGGCUGUGCAGGUGUUCUCCAUCUUGACCUCCAGCGCGGGGCUACUGGGCUGCAUCUUCUUCCCCAAGUGCUACAUUAUUCUAGUGAAGCCUGACCUG